CAGUGAAUAAUGCUGACAAGAAGGAACGGGGCAAUGCCUUGAAUACAGCAAUAGAUAAUAUGUGCAAGAAAACAAGAGAUCUCCGCAGACAGCUUCGCAAAGCAAUAAUGGAUCAUAUCUCAGACUCCUUCAUGGACACAACUGUGCCACUUCUAGUGCUCACCGAAGCUGCAAAAAAUGGACGAGAAAAAGAAAUAAAAGAAUAUGCUGCAAUACUUACAGAGCACGUGCACAGACUUAUUGAGGUGGCUAAUCUUGCUUGCUCAGUAUCAACAAAUGAAGAAGGAAUUAACAUUGUCCAAACAGCAGCCAGUCAUUUGGAGACUUUGUGCCCUCAGGUUAUCAAUGCUGCUGUAGCUCUUGCGGCCAAACCCAAAAGCCAGGUGGUAAAAAGCACCAUGGAAAUGUAUAAAACCACAUGGGAGAAUCACAUACGUGUACUCACAGAAGCCGUGGAUGACAUAACAAGCAUUGAUGACUUUCUUGGAGUAUCAGAAAGUCAUAUUCUGGAGGAUGUGAACAAGUGCAUCAUUGCUCUGAGAGAGCAGAAUCCUGAUGAAUUGGACUGUGCAGCUGGUGCCAUCCGUGGGCGGGCAGCAAGAGUGGUGGACAUCGUUUCUGGGGAGAUGGACAAUUAUGAGACAGGGGCCUACACUGAAGGAGUGAUGAGAAAUGUGCGAUAUCUUUCAAAUGCUGUGAUUCCAGAAUUUAUUACUCAAGUCAACACUGCACUGGAAAACUUAAGCAGGAAUACGAUUCAUCUGUUUGAUGAUAAUCAAUUUGUUGACAUCUCUAAGAAGAUUUAUGACACAGUUCAUGACAUUAGAUGUUCAGUUAUGAUGAUACGGACCCCAGAAGAGUUAGAAGAUGUAUCUGACCUUGAAGAAGAACAUGAUGCCCACAGCCGUACCAGUAUUCAGACAGAAGGAAAAACUGAUAGGGCAAAGAUGACUCAGUUGCCGGAGGCUGAGAAAGAAAAGAUAGCUGAACAAGUGGCUGAUUUUAAGAAAGUCAAGAGUGAGCUCGAUAAGGAGAUUGAAAUAUGGGAUGACACCAGCAAUGACAUCAUCGUUCUUGCUAAACGGAUGUGUGUGAUUAUGAUGGAGAUGACAGACUUCACAAGGUAA